AUGAGACUUGCAGCUUACGCCGGGACCUCCAUGGUCCUGGCGACAGGUGUCAUAAUCCGAGCAAUACAUGAGCGGGCGAACUUCUACUCAGCGUGUGUCUAUCUGGCUUCGAGCAAUGCAUGUCUCAUGAGGCUCUUUUACGGUCCGUUACGACCAAUCGAAGUAGAACAGCUUUACGAAAAGGCAUGGUUUGCCAUCACGGAGACAUGUCUUGCAAUGACCAUCUUUCGGGAGGAGGUGGGUGGCUGGUUUUUGGUCAUGUUUGUUUGCCUGUUGAUAGGGAAGGUGUGGGGUUGGAUUGGGGAGGGACGGGUUGAGAUUCUGGAGCAGCAGCCACCAUCGAAUCCGCGCUUGUUCCAUGCUCGACUCUCCGUCUCACUUAUCAUCUCGACUCUAUUCGACAUUUUCAUGCUUCGAUAUUCCAUCAACACUGUCUUACUCCACGCGCGGCCAAAUAUGAUGGUCAUGUUCGCUUUCGAAUUUGCUGUCCUGACUAUUACCUCCAUUUCCACUGCAGCUCGCUAUAUGAUAUCCCUCCGGGAGGCAGCGGUAAUCAAGAAUCAAAUUAAAGACCGCCGCGCCCAGAUGAGGCGUGACAGAGCGUCUGCCCAACCUCGAGAACCUACGGCAGAUGGGUCCACUUCUCCAGAAGCUCACGUCAGUUCUAUUGCCACUGAUGACGAUAUCGAUUCGUUGGAUAUCGACGUUCCUGGCUGGGAGGAAAAGGGCCGAUGGGUUUUCUACCUGGACCUUGCUACAGACUUCUUCAAGCUCGUCUUGUAUCUUACGUUUUUCUGUGUACUUUGCAUGUUCUAUGGCAUGCCUAUCCACAUCAUCCGAGACGUAGCUCUCACGAUCCGAUCCUUCUACAAGCGAAUCACGGAUUUCGUCCGCUACCGGCAAGCAACCCGAGAUAUGAAUGCAAGAUACCCAGAUGCUAUCGCAGAAGAGAUUGCGCGAGAAGAUGUCUGUAUCAUUUGUCGAGAAGAAAUGAUGCCUUGGCAAGCACAGGCCACUGCCGGCGCGGAGCCCAACAGCAAUGGAACAGCCGCUAUUGACGAGCGCUUGAGACCUAAAAAGCUACCUUGCGGUCAUAUUCUUCACUUCGCGUGCUUGCGCAGCUGGCUCGAGCGCCAACAAAAUUGUCCGACCUGCAGAAGACCGGUACUCAUGACAGGGACAGUAGCCCGAUCGCAAGACCAGGCCCUCGCAAACCAGCAUGGCAGAGCGCUACCUCACGUCAACCAACCACAGGCUCAGGUUCCCGCGCAUGGUGAUUUCCAGCAACCCGUAGCUGCACAGAAUGUGUUUCAUUUCGGUCCACUCCGUAUAGCGUUUGGCGCCAGGCAAGGCGCCCAGGGUGCCGCGCAGCAAGUCAACAACAAUGCGCCUCCUCCUACUCAGCCAGGACAACUGCCGGCGACAGGAAAUUUGCCACGCGCAGGUGGUAUGUUUGGAUUCCAGCGCCAGGUUCCAGGAUCUCAAACGCGGACUGUUGCCACCUUUAGCCCUACAGGUCUACAACUUCAACUCCAUCAGAUGGAGCAUCAACUGGUCCGAGAAAUUAAUUCACUUCGAGUCCAGCAAAAUCAAUUGUACCUUGUGCGAGCCCUGCAAGGCGAACUUACUCGACUGCGUAUAGCACAGGCAACCCCAGAUGCGAGCUUUACUGGCCAAUCUUCUUUGACUCAUCAGCCUCGAGUUGUCGACACACUGCCGCAAGCCGUGGGGUAUGCAAAUGUUUUUGGUGCAAGUCCACAGCAACAGAGCGUGGGUUCUAGCCAUUCGAGUCUGCCUGCUGGCAUGACGCUACCACCGGGUUGGAGUAUUCUGCCGCUCCAGAGACUUUCUGAUGGGAGGAACGCUAUUCUUGGUGAGAUUUCUAACGCUGAUAGCUCUAGCGUUCAGUCACAACCGUCCGGUAGCAACGCGUCAACAGGGUAUGUAUCUCAGGAUCGCUCGCAAACGAGUGUAGCUGCUCGUAUGGGAGAAAGGUCCUCAGGGUUGCCAGGAGAGACACAAAGUCACAGUAGUAAUGGCGAGCCCGUAUCUGGAAAUAGAGGUGACAUCUCACCAGGAACUCCGCGUUGGGGCUCUGGCUCUGGCUAUCAAGUCCCGAACGACGCUCCCAAGGGCAACAAAUUUGAAAUUUCUGAGCAUGAAACCAAUUCUAAUGACGAGGCGAAGGGUAACGACUCGGGACCAAUGUCGCAAACAAUAGCCGACAGUAGGCAGAUCAAAGGAAAGGGGAAAGCGACGACGGUAGAAGACACAACUGAAGAGCUGGACUGA